GAAAGAUAUGUAACAGGCCAUUGUUAGCUGUUUGUUGGGUGAAAACGAGAAGCAGGAGUCACAAGGCACCGGUGAGGAGGGGGUUAAAAGCUGCAUCUCCUCCCCCGCUCCCCAUCAGCCAGCGAGCAACGUGGGCUGCAUUGAGUGACGGGGAGAGAGCCAGAGAAGAGGAUCAGUGAUAGGAUAAUGGUACAGUGAGAGGGACAGAGAGAGGGGGAGAGAGACGGAGGCAUUUCACUCUCUGCUCUCUGCAACAGAGCAGAUAUUUUUUUUAAUUUCCUUUUUUUUCGUGGCUGGCUCAAUUUUUGUUUGUUGGGGCCAUGAGGACGUUUGCACCCCUGGAUCGUUGCUACUCCAGCAGCUGCUGUUGCUGCCAUGUCCGCACUGGCACCAUCAUCUUGGGGGUCUGGUACAUGUUAAUCAACGGCGUGGUGCUGCUGAUUCUACUGUCUGCUCUCGGCGACCCUGACCAUUACAAGUUGGCCCACGCUGAGUUUGGCACUGACUGUGACUUCACCGAUGAUACCAGUAUCUGCAUAGCGACUGCAAUUUCCCUGCUUAUGAUUACAAUCUGUGGCAUGGCUACAUAUGGUGCAUACAAGCAACGGAGUGCGUGGAUAGUUCCCUUCUUCUGCUACCAGAUCUUUGACUUCACCCUCAAUGCUCUCGUGGCAAUCAGUGUGGUUGUCUACCCAAGCUCCAUCCAGGACUACCUACGACAACUGCCAGACAACAUCCCCUACAAAGAGGACAUCACCUCAAUGAACCCAACUUGCCUGCUGUUCAUCGUCAUGUUCUUCAUCAGUGCUAUUCUGGCCUUUAAGGCGUAUCUCAUUGGUUGUGUCUGGAACUGCUACAGGUACAUCAAUGCCAGGCAUACUGCUGACGUUUUGGUCUAUGUGGCUAAUGACACCACGGUUCUUCUUCCGAACUACGACGAGACUGUUUUAAUCCCUGAGAAAGAUCCACCCCCUCCAUACGUCUCCGCUUAAAGUCACAGGGAAACUGACCUAAGCAGGAUUGUAUGCAUCCCUUGUACGCUUAGUGUCAGACUAAACACUGUAAGAGGGAUCUUCAUUCCAUUGUGCAUCAUGUCUGCUCGUUCUGGGAAUGAAGAACCCCAUCAUUAAGAUUUCUUCUUGUUGCUUUUUUCCUCUGGUUGUUUAUAUCACUCCCAGUAAUGUCUAAAAGGACAACGCAUCCUAUAAACAUGGAUUUAUUGUAUUAAUGCCCAGUUAAUGCCCAGGGAUUAUGGGGAAUAAUUUGAACGAGUCAACGUUCAAAUUAAUGGAAGUAUUUGACAAUGAAACCAGAUUGUAUAUUGAGAAGUGUGGGGAUUCUUAGCACCUUGAUUCCUUGUGGAUAUUUUGAACUUUAUUCCUGUUGGUAACAGUGUGCGUGUGUGUGAGUGCAUAUGUGCACGUGUGUGUUGGUGCGUGGGUGUGUGUGUUUGCAUGUGUGUGCUGGUGCAUGUGUGUUUGUGUGUGCUGGUGCAUGUGUGUCCGUGCGAGUUGCAUGUGUGCACGUGUGUGUGUGCAUGCAUAUGCACUUGUGUGCAUGUUUGAUUGUGUGUGUGUGUCAUAGAGUGAUACAGCAUGGAAACAGGCCCUUCGGCCCACCUUGCCCACAUCGACCAACAUGUCCCAUCUACACUAGUCCCACCUGCGUGCAUUUGGACCAUAUUCCUCUAAACCCUUCCUAUCCAGGUAUAGGUCUCCAUAUUUCUUAAACGUUGCGAUAGUACCUGCUAUUUUUACAUCUUGUGCGAUAGUGUGCGCAUGCGUGUGUGUUCCUGUGUGUGCGUGUGCGUGCAUGUGGUCAACUUUCUUUCAUUAGCCAUUAGGAUAAAAUAGCAUAGAAUCACAGAUUGGUGCAAUAUAGAGAUGCUAUUCAGUUCAUUAUGCCUUUGAAGCCAUUCCCUCUGCUCUUCCAUCACCCUCCCACCAAGCCUUGCCGAAUUCCUCCAUUGCCCCUUUCAAUAGCUCCUGUUGAAUCUGCCCUUCCACCCCAUGUGCUCCAAUUCCCAACUCUCUGAACAUUGAGGAGCAUUUUUUCACACAAAGGAUGGUGGGUAUAUGGAACAAGCUGCCAGAGGAGGCAAUUGAAGCAGCUACUAUAAAAACAUUUAAAAUCCAUUGCAACAUUUGAGAAACAGUUAGGCAGGUACAUGAAUACGACAGGUUUAGAGGGAUAUGGGCCAAACGCAGGCAGGUGGGACUAGUAUAGAUGGCGCAUGUUGGUCGGCGUGGGCAAGUUGGGCCGAAGGGCCUGUUUCCACAAUGUUUGAUUCCAUGACUCUGUGAUGUAAUGAGUAGUGGAAUCAAGAACCAGUCUGUGGAAUUCUCUGCCUCAGAGGGCUGUGGAGGCAGGUUACAUAGAAACAUAGAAAAUAGGUGCAGGAGUAGGCCAUUCAGCCCUUCGAGCCUGCACCGCCAUUCAAUAUGAUCAUGGCUGAUCAUCCAACUCAGUAUCCCGUACCUGCCUUCUCUCCAUACUCCUUGAUCCCUUUAGCCACAAGGGCCACAUCGAACUCCCUCUUAAAUAUAGCCAAUGAACUGGCCUCAACUACCUUCGGUGGCAGUGAAUUCCACAGAUUCACCACUCUCUGUGUGAAUUUUUGUCUUCUCAUCUCGGUCCUAAAAGAUUUCCCCCUUAUCCUUAAACUGUGACCCCUUGUUCUGGACUUCUCCAACAUCGGGAACAAUCUUCCUGCAUCUAGCCUGUCCAACCCCUUAAGAAUUUUAUACGUUUCUAUAAGAUCCCCUCUCAAUCUUCUAAAUUCUAGCGAGUACAAGCCGAGUCUAUCCAGUCUUUCUUCAUAUGAAAGUCCUGACAUCCCAGGAAUCAGUCUGGUGAACCUUCGCUGUACUCCCUCCACUAUGGCAAGAAUGUCUUUCCUCAGAUUAGGAGACCAAAACUGUACACAAUACUCCAUGUGUGGUCUCACCAAGACCCUGUACAACUGUAGUAGAACCUCCCUGCUCCUAUACUCAAAUCCUUUUUCUAUGAAUGCUAACAUACCAUUGGCCUUCUUCACUGCCUGCUGCACCUGCAUGCCUACUUUCAAUGACUGGUGUACCAUGGCACCCAGGUCUCGUUGCAUCUCCCCUUUUCCUAUUCGGCCACCAUUCAGAUAAUAUUCUACUUUCCUGUCCUUGCCACCAAAGUGGAUAACCUCACAUUUAGCCCCAUUAUACUGCAUCUGCCAUGCAUUUGCCCACACACCCAACCUAUCCAAGUCACCUUGCAGCCUCCUAGCAUCCUCCUCACAGCUAACACUGCCCCCCAGCUUCGUGUCAUCUGCAAACUUGGGGAUGUUGCAUUCAAUUCCCUCAUCCAAAUCAUUAAUAUAUAUUGUAAAUAGCUGAGGUCCCAGCACUGAGCCUUGCGGUACCCCACUAGUCACUGCCUGCCAUUCUGAAAAGGAUCCGUUUACUCCUACUCUUUGCUUCCUGUCUGGCAGCCAGUUCUCUAUCCACAUCAAUACUGAACCCCCAAUACCAUGUGCUUUAAGUUUAAAUACUAAUCUCAGGUUCUCUUGAUGAAUAGGUUCUCUGGAUGCUUUCAAGAGAGAGCUAGAUAGGGCUCUUAAAAAUAGCAGAGUCACAGGAUAUGGGCAGAAGGCAGGAACGGGGUACUGAUUGGGGAUGAUCAGCCAUGAUCACAUUGAAUGGUGGUGCUGGCUCGAAGGGCCGAAAGGACUACUCCUGCACCUAUUGUCUAUUGUAUAUUGUCUAAUAACAAUCAUAACAGCGCGUUCCAGGUACACAUUACUCUCUGUGUAAAAAAAACUUGCACUAAAAAUCUUUAAACUUGCCACACUCUCCUUUAAGUACGUCCUCAGGAAUUUGACAUUUCAACUCUGAGGAGAAAGAUUCUGUCUACCCUCUCAUAGACUUCAUAUACUUAUACUCAGUCUCUGAUGCUCUAGAGAAAACAAUCCAAACCUGUCCAACCUUAUCUUAUAGCUAAUAAUACUCUUUGGCUAAUACUCUCAAAUCCGGGCAGCAUCCUGGUAAAUCUCUUCUGCAUCCUCUUCAAAGCAAGUAUUUCCAGAAUUUUCCAUAGUCCCUUUGAAUUAAGAUUUUCUGUUGAAAUGAUAGUUAUUGGCUUUGUUCCCAAAUGAAAAGAACUAACCUUACACUGACAAAUGUCCUUUAUUUUAAGUUUCGCAACUUUAAAAUGGGUUGCAGUCCUGAGGUUGGGAACUGCUAACUUGCUAUGUUGUGCGUGGAACAGUGGUGCAGCUGGUGGAGCUGCUGCCUCACAGCAUCAGAGAGCCAGGUUCGACCCUGACCUUGGGUGCUGUCUGUGAGUGGAGUGGAGCACAGGUUCUCCAUGUGAUGGCAUGGCUUUCCUCCAGGUGCCCUAGUUUCCUCUCACAUCCCAAAGGCAUGUGGGUUGAUGGGUUAAGUUGUCUCUGUAAAUUGCCCCUAGUGUGUGAGUGGUAGAAUUGGGAGAGAGU